GCAGUCUCCACGUAAACCAAGUGCCGAAAGCUUCUUGUCUGUCACGUCUAUUCAAGGAUCAUCCCUUGCCCUCCAAGAAGUAUAAAGUCAACCUUCAUCACCGUAGACUGAACCCCCAUCGAGUCUCCCCAAGCCACUCGUUGCCUCAGAUCCGUCCCCUCCAAGCCUGUCCUCUCACACAUCACCCAUCACCAUGGUCUUCUUCCCUCGCCUGUCGGCCGCCGUGGCUCUGGGCUGCACCGUCGCCUCGACCGUCGCCCAGUCCGCCGGCUGCCGCCAGCAGCCCACUCUCUCCAACGGCAUCCAGAACAUCAACGGCCGCGAGUUCAUCCUCAAGCUGCCCGACAACUACGACAACAGCAACCCGUACCACCUCGUCUUCGGCCUGCACUGGCGCGGCGGCAGCAUGUACGACGUCGCCGACGGCAACAGCAUCGAGCCCUGGUACGGUCUCGAGUCCCGCGCCGCCGGCAGCGCCAUCUUCGUCGCCCCCAAUGGGUACAACAAUGGCUGGGCCAACAAUGGCGGCGAGGAUGUCGCCUUUAUGGACCAGAUUAUGGAGUAUGUCGAGAACGAUCUCUGCGUGGACCAGGACUCGCGCUUCGCCACGGGUUUCAGCUGGGGCGGCGGCAUGUCCUACGCGCUCGCCUGCGCGCGCGCGCCGCAGUUCAGGGCCGUCUCCGUGAUUUCGGGCGGUCUCAUCAGCGGCUGCGACGGCGGCAACGACCCCAUUGCCUACCUGGGCAUCCACGGCAUCAGCGACAACGUGCUCAGCAUCGAUGGUGGUAUUGACCUCGCCAACACGUUUGUGAACAACAAUGGCUGCCAGCAGGCCAAUGUCGGUCGUCCCAACGCUGGUUCGGGCAGCAGUGUGCGCACAGAUUUCCAGGGAUGCUCGCAGCCUGUGUCGUUCAUUGCCUUUGACGGUGGUCACACGGGCGCUCCUCUGGGCGUCGGUAACCCGUUGGCCCCUGAUGCGACUUGGGACUUUUUCAUGGCGGCGUAGGUGGUGGUUAGGAGAUGAGAAAGAUAUGAAGCGAGCUAAG